GCUCGCCGUUGCAAACCGAUAAGCAGAAAAUGUGCGCUGCGCUAUGCGUGUAUUUUGCCUUGAUAAGUCACGAGCGGCGCGGAUAAAUUUUCCUACCCGUAAUUGGCACAUCCAUAAGUCAGUUGAUCGAGGAGCACGGCUGCUUUUCCUCUUGGCCAGUGGCCCCGCGCGCGGCAUAAUAGCAUUACGCGCCUCGUAUUGUCCAAUAAUUUGCCCAACCGACCGUUGGGCCGCUGAUCACAGCUAUCGCGUUGAUUAGUGAAUAGUGCCGACCUCGUACUUCAAUACCCGACUAGCGCAUCGCCACUGCUGACUUGGAGAGCGACGGAUUCCAAACGCCGCUAUCUCGUAUUUUCUUGACUUUCAGAUUAAGAUGGUAAACGGAUGCCGGCUGAACAACGCAACAACGUCUUCUUCAAACAAUGGAAAAUCCACAGAUGACACUCAGAAAUGCCCUAAACAUGAAAUUGAAGUGGAAGUUCUGGUUUUAGGAAAGGAUUUCAACAAUCAAAACCAGGAUGUGGAUUUUGAGACAGCCAUCGAGAUGACAGGAUACGGCAGAUUCCACUACUUCCUUUUGGUCGUGUGUGGUUUCGUGAGCACAAGCGAAGAAAUGGACGUGGUGUCCAUGUCGUUCAUCCUGCCGUCGGCGCAGUGCGAUUUAAAACUCAAUACGUAUACGAAAGGCUGGCUAAACAGCAUCAUCUUCAUCGGAAUGAUGUCCGGCGCAUACAUCUGGGGUUCGGUGGCCGACUCGUUGGGGCGGAAAAAGGUGUUGAUACUCAUUUCGGUCAUGACGGGCAUAUGCAUCUUGGCCUCCGGCUUCAGCCAGAGCUACUCGCUCUUUAUGUUUUUCCGCUUUCUCAACGGAGCAGCUUUAGGCGGCAGCGGCCCCGUUAUUUGGUCCUACUUCGCCGAAUUUCAGCCGAAGAAGAAACGCGGCUCAAUGCUUAGUUUCAUGGCUGCCUUUUGGACUCUGGGUAACCUUUUCGUGGCAGGUUUGGCGUGGAUAGUGAUACCCAGCGGGAUAGGUUACGAGUCCCCUGACUUCAAGCUCAACUCGUGGCGAAUCUAUCUACUGAUUUGCUCGCUGCCCAGUUUCUUGGUUGCAAUGCUACUCUGCUUCCUACCAGAGAGCCCGAAGUUUCUUCUGAGCAGGGGCGAGCAUGACAAGGCGAUUGAGGUUUUCAGACACAUUUACGUGAUGAACACGGGAAGCGACGCUUCCUCUUAUCCGGUGAGAACUUUGGAGGUAGCAAAAAAAGCAAUCGAGCUCAAGUUCAAUGAAGAAUACGCGAGCAAAAACUCUUGCAGCGGCAUGUUGGGCGACGUCAUGAGAAACGGCAAACAGCUUUUUACGUCACCUAUUCUCAAGUUUACGGUUAUUUCUAUUGUGAUCAACUUUUCCUUUCAUAUUGGUUACUACGGACUGAUGAUGUGGUUCCCCGAGCUAUUCAACCGCUUCAAUGAAUACAGUCAGGCGCACCCUGGCCAGCCGGCCACAAUAUGCGGCGUCACGGAAUAUGUGGUCAAUUCGGGAGUCAACUCGGAAAACUCUGCAACCUGCUCGGAGAAGAUCGCGGGCUCAGUAUUCCUCGAAUCACUCAUCACGGUUGCGGCCGCUAUUCCAAGCAACAUUUUCGCGGUUCUGGGCAUCGACAGAUUAGGCAGAAAAUUCUUCCUUGUUUUCAGUACUUUUACUUCGGGAAUGUGCGCCAUCGGGCUCUACUUUGUGCACAGUUCAACUACUAACCUAGUUGUCUCCGCUGUCUUUAGUAGCGCCAUCAGCUGCGGAAAUGCAGCCCUUGACUGUCUCAUUACUGAGGUCUUUCCAACAAAUUUGAGAGCGACCGGAGUGGCAGUUUCAAUGAUAGCAGCGAGAUUGGGAGGAAUCAUAGGAAAUAUUGUGAUAGCCACGUUGCUUGACUUGUACUGUCCCGCUCCAACAUUCAUAAUAGCAUUCCUGCUCAUAGGUGGUGGAUUGUUGUGCCUCUUCCUGCCAAACACGACCAGGGCGCCACUAGCCUGAUUUCGCCACUAACGUACCAUUGUGAUACUUGACUUUGCUUUUGAUGAGUAAAGCGAUGCCAAUUAAAGCUUUGAUAAUUAAUAAAUAAAGAAUGAAACUUAAUGAAA